AUGGCCGCAUCAACGUCCACUAUUACCAGUACGCAGACUUCAGUUCCUCUGAACAAGUCUACGUUCAGGCUCACAGGUCCAUACGGAGACUGGCGCGACGACCUUCAAUCCCAAGGAUACGCGGUGGUUAAAAGCGUCAUCACUCCUGAAAAAGCCAAACUGUACCAGCAAAAGGCACUGGAAUGGCUCUCCUCAUUCGACACAUCUCUGGAUCUGAACGAUCCCUCAACAUGGACGACCGAGAACCUCCCCUUUCAGAGCAAAGUCAACACCUUUAACAAGUAUGGUGUCGCCCACGAGAAAUUCAUGUGGGACGCCCGCAUGGAACCCAAGAUCCUCGAAGCCUUUGCCCGAAUCUGGGGCACUGAUGAACUUCUCGUCUCGUUUGAUGCGCUCAAUAUCACUCUCCCGAAUCGGGCGGACAAGCCUGCUCAACGGCCCUGGCCUCAUGUAGAUCAGUCUCCCCUGCGACGGGGUCUACACUGCGUCCAGGGAAUCAUCAACUUGAGCCACGCGGGCCCCGAAGACGGAUCUCUCAUCGUGUUGCCGCGAUCCAAUACCGUGACGGAACAAUUUUUCGACACCGAGACCGACAGGGCGACCUGGGAGACGAAAGAUAUUCGCUUCAUUAGCGAAACUGAGAUGAAAUGGUUUGAAGAGCGGGACAUGAAGCCGCUCAAGGUCAUGGCUGAGCCGGGCGAUUUGAUUCUUUGGGAUUCGCGGACCAUCCAUUGGGGUGGGGAGCCCACUGUCGAAAGUGACACUAUCCGCACAGUCAUAUAUGCGUCGUAUUCUCCGGCAACAUGGGCACGACCGGAAGAGUUGGAGCGGAAAAGGGAAGCGUUCGAGUCGUUCCAGGCCACGACGCACUGGGCUCAUGACAAUGUUGUGCCUCGUGAGAAGGAGGCAUAUCUUCCGGAUGGCAGUCUGGAUCCUCGAAAUCGAUCAGAGCCUUUGCAGAAGCCGGAGCGGACGGAAAAAUUGCUGAAACUCGCUGGAGUCAAGCCGUAUUGA